AUGGAAAAAAUAUCCCCCGAAAUUUUAGCUGCUAGGGCUAAACUGAAAGAGCGAAUGGGAGCUAGCCAAAGACAAAUAGGAGGAAAAGGAACAGCUCGAAGAAAAAUAAAAAAAGUUCAUAAAAAUUCAAUGCCAAAUGAAAAAAAAAUUAAUUUAAUUUUAAAAAAAAUUGGUGCUUCCUAUUUUGGUGAUGUCGAUGAAAUAUGUAUAUAUAAAAAUUCAGACAAAUAUCUUGAAUUUAAACGACCAAAAUUAUCAGCAUCAUUACAAUCAAACACUUAUAUUGUUACUGGAAAAUUUACUGAACAAACAAUUGAUAUUAACAAAAUUUUUGAAGGAUUACAAGGAAAUAAAAAUGUAGAUAUGAAACUUUUAGAAAGACUAAAAAAUGAUCCAACUAUUAAAAGCUUAAUGGCUAAAGACAAAGAAAAAAAUCAAAAAAAAGAAGAUGCAGAACAAACUGCUCAAGUACCAGAUCUAGUUGAAAAUUUUGAAGAAGUUUCAAAAGAAAAAACUGAAGAGUAA